CUAUGUUGCAAACAAAAUGGACGAAGACGUGACUUACGAACAAAAUGGAACCGGCAAGAAGAGAGUCCGAGCCACACAAGCAUGCGUCCUCUGCAGAAAGAAAAAGAUCAAGUGCGAUGGCACCAAACCUGAAUGUCUUCAUUGUCAGGCUGCAAACAUGAAUUGUGAAUACACUGAGAGUAAAAAGAGAGGCCCAAGAAAAGGAUAUGUCCAAGUCCUAGAAGAACGUCUACUACAGAUGGAAAGUCGAUUGAUGAGCGAGAACGGCGAAGGUUCUAGGGAUCCAACCUUGUCACCUAUUACUUCGGGUCAAUCUUCAAGCGACAUUUACGAAAAAGAUACUAGGCAAACCAAGUAUAAACUAUCUUAUGCCGAUCAAACGAUUCAGUUACCAUCUCUCGACAUUGUCCUUCAUUUGGUUGACUUGUUUUUCAAAUACAUAAACUCGGUUUUUCCUCUCAUCCACAGAGGAACUCUCAGACAAGCAAUUAUGAAUGGAACCGUAUCGAAACCUCUUUUAUGGAGUGUCCUAGCCAUUGGUGCACGGUUUUCAGAGCACCCCAAUGUCAAGACGGAUCCUCCAUACCUAGCUGGCGAGAAAUUUGCAGUCAAGGCAGCAUCAUUAAUAAAUUCUGAUCUUUUUGAGCCCACUCUAGAAAACCUUCAAUUCUGGGGAAUCAUGGCCUGUCUUGAAUACGGAAGAGCAUCUGGUUCAAGAUCAUGGAUUUACGGAAGUCUUGCAAUGAGAUUCUGCCAAGAACUUGGACUACACAAAGAAGACACUUUAAAUGAGCCGAUUUUGGCAUCGGAUGGCUCCGUUGAUGCGGUAGCCAUGGCAUUGCGAAGACGUGUAUUUUGGAGCUGUCUUUGUAUUGACAAUGCCGGAACCAACAAUCCCCAAUGUUUUGAGAGAAUGGACUGUGAUGCAAAGGCACCCAAUGCUGCCGAAUGUAUGAUACUUCGCGAUCCGUGCUUUUAUGCCUCUGUAGACAACAAACCAGUGACAAACGACUCAUUGAUGGAUAUUGCAAACCACCACAUGCGUAUGCAGCAGAUAUUCGGCGAUGUUAAUAAAUAUAUGAAUCGCGCAAAGUCAGAGUCCGCAUCUAUUGUCUGGCCGCCGAUUGCAGAGUUUUCUAUUCUUGAUCGUAAAUUGCGCGCUUGGAAAGAAAACCUACCUGAUCGAUUCCAAUACACACCAAACACACUAAAAUUCCACAAGAAGAAUGCAAGUGUAAAUUAUAUCAGUCUCUGGCUGUCAUCACAUGCAGUAUGGUGUUCUAGUAUGAUGGUCCUUCACCGUGGAAGCCUUGCGCACGCAGACAUGAAACCCAAUGAAGUACCCGAAGAGAUAUAUGCUGGGAUCCAGGCAAGCAUUAGUGCGUGCAAGACCAGUGUUGAUCAAGCUACAGGAAUUUUCAGGGCAAUGAAAGACUUGUGUGGCUACAAUAUUCUUCCUUACAUGGGAUAUUCUGCUUAUGUGUUUGCAACGGUCCUCAUGACAUCUGCUUUUUCAAAAGGGCCUGAAGCGUAUAAAAAAAGUGGAGAUGCACUCCAGAUUUUGUAUGAACUUAUCGAGGCAAGUCUCUUUUUUACACCUAUACACAUAUAUGGUUUGAAGCCUUAUUGGCUUAUGUGCGAGCGUCUGGCAAAUAUGACCAAAGAUCUACUGGCGGCACACAGUCGGUUGUACAAAACAGAGAGCAGACAAUCAUUUCCAUAUGGCAUCAAGGCAGAAGAUGUCGUACCAAUGAACUACCGGGGGUCUGUCCAAAACCAGUCAAUGAACUCUCAAUCACACACACCUGGAAUAAACAUUUCCUUGGCACCAUCAGACAUAUCUCUAUCUUCUCUCUUGACGUCCAAUGGCCCUGUCACAUCCACCACUCAAGCAUAUUACAAUAAGAAUAAUGGCUAUUUUUCAACCCCGGAUUCUUCGUCUUCCGGUGGGUCGAUCACAAUAUCUCAACAGCAUCAAAACCAAAACCAAAACCAACAAAAUCAACAGAAUCAACAACAGACCCAGUCUUUCCCGGUCCUUUCUGAACCAUAUCAAAACUCAAAUCCAAGCUGGGGUGGUGAAGUUGACUUUAACAGCCUAGAAUUCUUAUACGACAGUGCAUUGUUUGGUCAAAUUAUGUUUGAUGCGUCUAAGCCAUCAACGAUCCCCGUAUCUGGCUCCUAUGGCUACAUGCCACCCAUUAAUUCUGAAUUUUCCACAUCUGAAAGUAGUCCUCAGUCUAGUACCCCAACAACUUUCGGAGAUACACAAGGACAAAACACACGCACCUCUCUUCAACCAUAUUUAAAUUCAGAAAGGCCUUUGUGGAACUCAUCUUAGAACUUCCAAAAAAAAAAAAAAACUUCUUCUGCUUCUGCCUUUUCUAACACUUCUUCUAUCAUUUCUUUUACCAUUUCUUCUUAUUGAACCAUUCUUUCAUCCUCUCAUUAUUAUUACUAUUAUUACUAUUAUUACUUCCUCUUAUUCUUGUAAUAAUUUCUAUUCAAUUGUAACAAAAGCAGCAUUCCCACUCC